AUGCAGGGAUGUCACCUGAGAUUUAUCGAUCCAAANAACAAUUUAUAUGAUUCAUUUGACAUUGUUCAAUUCUAUGGUGAAAAGCAGUCGUGCACUUAUUUUCCAGUGAAUUUGGGAUCACAUUUUCCACAGUUGCAAACUCUUCUUAUCCGGAAUUCAAAUCUACAAUUUCUCUUCAGCAAUGAUCUUGAUGGAUUGAAUGACUUGUUAGUUUUUGAUAUUUCGUUCAACCCAAUUGAAUAUUUUCAUUCAGAUUUAUUUAAGGGAAAUGAACAUCUUUGGUUCAUUUAUUGCAUCGGUUGUCACUUAAGAUUUAUCGAUUCAAAUUUUUUCUAUAAACUUCCAUCUUCUGUAGAAGUAGUUGAUUUUGGAGCUAAUAAGUGCAUACAUGCAUGGGCAUACUGCAAGUGUGAACUAGAAACGUUAGGACCCGAAAUCUUAAAGUCAUGUGAUCAAGAAAAUAAAUUUUAUGAUGAAAGAAUCUUCGAUCGAAAUCUACCAGAAAACUUAGCGAAGAUUUCGACAACCACUGAAAUUUCUGUGCGUACUGAAACAACUGAAAGCAUUGAAACCGAAAAACCUCCAACAUCAUCAACUCCUUGUUUAUCUGAAAGCGUAACUGAAAAAAUUGUGUCUGAAAAUCCAAUAAUAGAUUGCAUGGAGCUUAAGUCAUCGCACAUUGACGUUUAUGUUGAAUUGAUCACUUUAUUUUCAAUUUUAAUAUUCACGAUCGUCAAUGUCAUAAUAUUGAAGAACAUUGUAAGAAAAUUAAGUGCAAACAGAACUCGUUCCAACAACUCAAACGGAAUGGAGAAUGCUAUUGAAUUAAGAACAAUAAAAGAAAUGACAGGUAGAUCGAAGAUUCCUGUUCGUGACUUGAAGCCAAUGUUUCAUCAAGAAUCAUCGAUGGAUAAAGAAAUUCAAAGGUCAAGAAAAGAUAAAUAUUCGACAUUUUCCGAUAACUUUGUUCCCUCUGAUCGAAGUAAGAGUCAUGAACGACAUCAAAGAUCUAACGAUAAGAUCAAAGAUUUAAGAAAUUUGAUCAAUAUAAAAGACAAUCAAAUACACGAGCUUGUAGGAAAAAUCACGACAUUAGUUGAGGAGAAUGAAAAAUUGCGAAGAGAAAAAUCAAUUUUGGUAGAAAAUUAUAAUACGAUUUAUGAGAAAUUUGACAAGACAAGAGACGACAUCGUAAACGAAUCAAAACGAUCACCUGUUGCUGAGAAUGCACAGAAAGAAAAUCAAGAAAUCAAAAAUGAUUUGAAGAUGUUGAAAAUUCUCGUUUUUCGAUUAAAUAAGCACAUUGAAUAUUACCAAGAGUUGUUGAAUGAACGGGACAUAAAGUUUGAUUCACCAAAAAGAGACGCCAACGAGACAGAAAUUUCAUCAGCGUGGGUGGUAAAUUCCCAUUUGCUGUCACCUUUGAUGAAUUCUUAUGAAGAAAGACUUCGAGAAAAAAAUGACAUAAUUAAAAACUAUGAGAUGGAGUUGAAUCAAGUUUCAAUUAAGAUAAAGAAAAUUCUCGAAGAGAAUGAAAAACUUCAUGAAAUGUUUGAAAAUAUAAGCAAAAAUUCCGAGAUUUGGAUAUCAGAAAAAGAAAGAUUAACAACGCAGUGCGAUAUUCUUCGGAAAAAGGCUUCGAUUCAUUGCAAAAGAGCUGAUUUGGCGAAAGAAAAACUCGUGGAAAUUCUCAAAGCUUAUGAACAGAAAGUGCAAUCACAAUCUUUAGACAUCGAGAGACUUCAAGAAGCAUACAAUCGAUCGAAAGGUGAAAUUUCAACACUGAAAAGUUUCCAAAAAAAUCCAGAAGCAGUUCAAGAGUCAAUUAAGGAAUGUCAAAAACUUUUCGAAGAUUUAAAAAUACAAUUUGAAGUUGAAAAAUCACAAUUGUUGGAUGAAAAACACAACUUGACUUUACAAUUAAAUCAGCUGAGUGAAAAGAUCGUCGAUUAUGAGAAUCAGCUGUUGAACUUGAACAGUUUGAUCGAGAAGCAGAAAAUAACAAAUGAAUCACUUACGGAGAAGAACAAAUCACUAAAGAAAAGUUUUUAUCUCGAGAGACAAUCAAAAGAAGAGCUUGAAAAGCAAGUCAAUGAAUUUCGAGAUUUUGGUAAUGACAAAUUUAAAGAAUCAUGGCAGAAUAUCAGCGACCUUCACGCUUUGAUUCAAGAGAAGGAAAUAACAAUUCAAAAUCUGAAAUUUAAUCAACAAAAGGAAAUUGAAGAUCUUCGUCAUAAACUUUACCAACGCGACCAAACUUUGAGGAAAGUUUUAGAAUCAAAAAUCGAAACGAUGAUUUACGUUGAUGAAUUUAUUGAUCCAGUUGAAAAUACAGAAGCGCCAUUUCCAUACAGACAAGUGAAUAUAAAACAAGAUGAGAAUCCAGCGGAGCAUUACAACAUUCUACCCGAACUUGGACGUGGAAGCUUCGGAACAGUUUUUCUUUGCAAGGAGAAAACGAGUGGAAUGGAACUUGCAGUAAAAAUCGUUAAUUAUAAGAAGAAGAAAGAAAAGUCCAUGAUGGAGAUGGAAAUUGAUAUUUUAUCAGGUUUAAAUCAUUCUGCAAUCAUUCAAGUUUACGAUGCAUUUGACUUCGGAAACAAACUUUACUGUUUCAUGGAGUUGAUCCAAGGAGGUGAAUUGUUUGAGAGAGUGAUUGAUGAAGACUUCGUGUUGACAGAAAAGGCUUGUGCUUGUUUCAUGAAACAAAUCUGUGAAGCUAUGGAAUAUUUGCACAGCAAUAAAAUUGUUCAUCUUGAUAUGAAACCAGAAAAUGUUUUAUGCCUUUCGAAAAGCGGAAAUAGAAUAAAAAUUAUAGAUUUUGGGUUUGCGCGACGUUAUGAUCCUAAUAAAAAGUUACAAGUGAUGUUUGGAACUGCUGAAUUCUCAGCGCCGGAAGUCGUAACAUUCGAUGAAAUCAGCUACAGUACCGACAUGUGGUCAAUUGGCGUUAUUUGUUAUGUGCUUUUGUCGGGUCUUUCACCCUUCGUUGGCGCCGAUGAUUUUGAGACAAUGACAAAUGUCUCUCUUGCAAAAUUUUCAUUCGAUUACGCACCUUUUGAUGAUAUCUCAAGUCAAGCUAAAGAUUUCGUCGAAAAGUUAUUGGUGAAAGAACCAUCAAAACGAUUAACAGCGAAAAAUGCAUUGAAUCACGAAUGGCUUGGUUGCACAAAGGCAUACCACCCGGAAAGAGAAAGGGCGCUAUCGUUGACAAAAACCAAAUUGAAACGCUAUGUGAUUCUAAGACGAAAUCCAUUAAAUGUGGAUUUUAAUAACAACAAGCAGUUAGGCAGUAAGAAACUCAAGAUGUCUGGAUAUCGUUGCGUAAACUUCACAGAUUUGUGUCGCUUGUGUUCAAGUGCAGGAAGUAACAAUAUUUCAAUAUUUUCUGAUGAAACAUUGCAAAAGAAAAUAACCGAUUGCUUGCCAAUUGUGCUUAAUGAAAAAGACAAACUUCCCAAAGUGAUUUGUUUUCAAUGCCUCGAAUAUGUUCAAGUGUUCUCAGACUUUCGUCAAUCAUGCUCAAAAGCACAAAAAAUGCUUGAAAGCUGCUUAAAUUCGUCGAAACUUAGAAAUGGCGGUCAAGUUUAUAUUAAAGAUGAGAUUCCAGUCAAGAAAGUUCUCAAACCAGUUCAGAAUCCUUCACCAACAAAAAUCAUUCCAAGCUUAAGCAGCAUUGGUAGCAUUGUAAACAAAAAGAAUGUACUAGCUUCACCAACUCAACCUGACUUUCUCAGUAGUAUCAUGCAAGCUGUAGGAAUUCAGACUAAUGAUGAAGCUUCAGAGAACAUUGCAUUCUCACAGAAUAUUCAAACACAACAGCAAGCGACAAUGCAAUCAAUUCCUCAGUAUACAUUGACUCUCGAUGGUGGAACUUUAAAAUCUGGUCAAAUUCAAUAUAAAAUUGAGAACGCGGCCAAUCUGAACCUACCAGCGCAACCACAACUAAUCGGGAAGAAUGUGCAAGAGACUCAAAGUCAACAGACAGGACCGAUGACAGUUGAUGAGUUUCUUAAACUAAAUAAGAAGCCAAUGGUGAUGAAGAAAAGUCCAAUGACUGUUACGCAAGUUGAUGAGCCAAAAAGUAAGAAACCAAAGUUUAAUUUGAUUCUUCAAACGACGCCACAAAAACAAAAGAUUGGAUCUCAAGUGACAAUGUCACCAUCACCUAAAUCUAUUGUAUCAGGAUCAUCAUCAACAAAUCAGACGCCAUCAAAGCAGCAAAUUCAAAUUCAUAACAUUGAGCAAAUUUUACCAGUUAAUAAUCAAACAUCACCGUCGAAGCAAAUUGUGUUACCAAUAAUGGUUCGUAACGAUGGAACUAGAAAUGCUGAUGCAGCACAAUUAAUCUCACAAGCAUUAACAAUGUCGAAUAAUCAAAGUAACCAAGAGAACAAACCACAAGCGAAUCCACCUUUUGCUUAUGUUCAAAUGAAGAUUCAACCGAAUGCUGAUGGACAAUUUACUUUGACACCAACGUCAACAAUUCAAGCUCCACAACAAUUGCAGUUAUCUUUAUCACCACAACAACUUCAACAAUUGAGUUUUCAAUCGCCAAUGCAACAACAAACGCAACCAUUACCAAUUCAACCACAGAUCACUGUGACGCAAUUGCCAGCACAAGAACAGAUUGACAGUCAAACCCAAACAACUCAACAACUUUCGCCAAUUAAACCUGCGAAGAAAGUUAAGAACGAGAAUUUAACUGAAUUGCAAGCUGUACAGCAAGAACAUUCAGACAUGGCAAAGAAGCAACUGAAUCAAUUAACGAGUUUUAAUACGAAACGUGCUGAAUCUGAGAGUAGUGAGAAACUUUCAGAAGUUAAUCUUACGGUUUGCGAUGUUUGUAAGAAAGUUUUUAAGAGAAAAGAAUUUCUAAUGCAACAUUUGAAGUCACAUAUUGGAUUAAGGCCAUUCAAGUGCGACGAACCAACAUGUAAUAAAUCGUUUAGUCGAAAGGAACAUUUACUUCGUCAUAUUGUGUCGCAUACUGGAAAGAAAAUGUUUACGUGCGAUGUUUGCAACAAACUUUUUAGUCGGAAAGAUAAUCUGAAUAAACAUCGAAGAAUUCAUCCUGAGUCAGGACAACAAACAAUUCGACAUAACUGUUCAAAUUGUAACAAAGGAUUUUCACACAGAGCUCAACUCGCCAAGCAUCAAUUAAUUUGUGAUGGAAAAUCUGACACCAACGAUGAGAAAGAUGAAAUUAGAGAUAAGCAAGAGAAGACAAAAACAUCCUCAAAUAAAAAAGUUAAGCAAAAACCGGAAAAGAAGACGACAAAUGUUAAAAUUGAAUCAUUUGAUCAACCGCAAAUCUUGACGAUUGUUCAACAACCUCAGCAACAAGAAUCACAGCAACAGCAAAUAAAGCUGAAAAAUGAAAGUCAACCUCAUCAAAUAAUUCUCUCAAUGUCGCAAGCUCAAGCGAUGCUUCAAUCACAACAGCAGAAAGGCGCUGUUUACACAUUCCCAACGAACUUGAUUCUCAACACGAACGGCGCCUUCAUGACGAACGCUGGAGAAGUCGUCAGUAACUUCAAGUUUGAUCAAAAUCAAUAAAAAGGAUGGGAAGGAAGAUUCAAGAAUUUAAUUUAAAUGUUUGAUCUAAAUUGAAAAUUAAGAUUGUCAAUUUUUUUGAGUGAUUAAUUUAAUGUUAGAAAUUUAAGACAUGCACGACAUAGCGAACUAUAAAAUUGAUUUUGAAUGCUAUGCAAGCUCAAAGCCAUUUCAAUGUAAAUAUUUAAUUAAAUGACAUUUGCAUUCACAUCUUAGAUAAUCUUAAGAGCACCUGCACCGACUUCAAACGAAUUUUUCCCUUUUACAAACAUAAGAAAAGAAAAAAUGACGUCAUUGCUUUGUUUUAAUGGCAAAUCUUAGUAAUCGAGAAAGAAAAUUUGUGUAAAUUGAUGUGAAUAAAAUAAGAAUAAAAAUUUGCAA